AAAUUUCUCAGCUGCUACGUGUACACCGUACUUCAGCCUUCUCGUCUUGAAGCUGUCAGUGAUGGCGCUGUCAAUCUGGCAUUCUGCGAAUGCAAAACAAGCAACGGUUUUAGGGAAACGGCAAUAGCUAACGGAAAGAGCCCUUCGGAUUGUAUUCAUUUAGUGUCGUGUAUGCUGUUGAGACGUAACUAUGGAGACGUCAGCGAGCGCGAAACAUCUCAAGGAGGAGAAUGAAAAUCUUCGCCAGGAGUUGCACAUCGUUAAGGGCAAACUGAACGUGACGAUGAAGACGACUGCUGAUUUGGUGGAAGAGCUGGACCAGCUGGAGAAAAAAUCGACCAGGGAAAUUGAGCAAAUUCGCACCCAGUGCGAUAACCAGUUGAAAGCGCACAAAACUAUGAUCGAAUAUUUGAAAGCGGAGAUCGAGAAACAAAAUGACACAGCCAAUCAGCAGAACGUUGCAGUCGCAAAAGUGCCGACCGUGGUGGAAGAGGAAACAUUGUUACGAAAGGAGCAGGACUGGAAGGUGGAGGAAGCCAAAUAUCUGGAGGAAAUCGAUAUGCUCAAGCAAACGUUAGCGAACACCAAGCAAGACUAUGCACAGGCACAGUGGAAAAUCUCCGAACAAAGCGAGGAGUUGGAACUGCUGAAGGAACAUGUUGCCUCGCAGAAGGGUAAUCUGUUGAUUAAAACGCAAGAAAACGCAGAGCUGCGCGAACUGCUGGAAGCGACCCAGGAGCAGAACAGUAUGCUAUCAUCCGAGCUCGCCGGAAUUCGCUCCGAUUCAAACAAUGCAAAUCAGAAAGGAAACUCCCUAUUCGCCGAAGUUGCCGACCAGCGCAAAACACUGAUGAACAAAUACACACAGUUGAAGACGCGCUUCUUCGAGCUGAAAAGCGAACACCAGAACUGUCCGAGACAGAUACGGGAGCUGCGCAAUAUGCAGCAGCGGUCUGAAAGACUGUACGAGGAAUGCAUCAAGCUGAUCAAGGCAGCCCAGUCGUACAACGUGCAAACGCUUAAGGAGCAAAACAAUGAUCUGAACCAAAUGGUGGAUGAUGCAAAGCGUCGCAUUCGCUAUCUGGAACAUCAGAUGGCAACGGAGAGCGACGAUUGGGUUAACAAAUUGAUCACGUACAAUAGAGAAGAAAUGAAGAAAUUGGAAAUCCCACUGCGUCGCUACCUAUUCAAACAACGUGAAGCUAUGGAAUUGCACGAAGAUGCGGUGAAAGAUGGUUGCUUUUGGCGGAUGGAAGUGCAGCGUUUGAAAAUGAAAGCACUAAACAUGGAGGUACCGGGUGACUCAACAUUUCCCAGCAAGGAAGGAUCAUCAGCACCCUGUACCAAAACCAAUGAGAUGGAAAUUCAAGAAAAACAAAGCAAAAUCAAGGAAGCGUUAAUCUCCGUUACGGAAUGCGUUGGGACGUCCCACAAUGAACCGGUCCAGGUUGCGACUUGCGGUACUAUUCUUAAAGCCACGGUGUUGCCUACACCGCGUGAAGAGCUGAAGGAGGUUACGAAAGAGCCGGCAGAGGAAUUGAAUAUGCCUAGAACUAUACAAUUGAAACGUUUCAAUCUUAACGACAUGAUCGCAAAGUACAAGAUGAAUCUUGAAAAUUCCAAACCGAAUGCGCCGGAUGCUAGUGUCGAUUUAUGUACUGGAAGUACUAAACCUAACCAGCUGUCUGAAUAAUAACUGCCCACGCGAAUAUUAAACGCGAAGAGAUGGGAGUUUUGUUGAAACAACGUUUAGGACACCUUUCGCUAAUGAAAUUUUAUGUUGGAGCCGACACUUGGUCGCUAUGCCGAAUCUAAAUCCGUAUUAUAAAAAUCCAUUGUUGUUAGAACAAAAAAAACAUCUUGAGAUUAUUACUGACAUUUCUUGUAAAAUAUAUUCAUAAAGGGAAAUGAAAGAAUUUUGGUCCUUGCUGAAGCAGAUGGAUAAUACAACAACAAUAAAAAAAGUGUUU